UUGCGUUAGUGUUUGCGCGAGUGUAUCUGUUCGGACGUGCGUACUCAUUCGGGCUAAUCAUUCUAAUUAAACUCAUCCUCUCAUCAGAGUGAGGUAUAGGCGUGGGGCUACAUGAGCUCAUCAGAAACUGGCAGUACCAGAAAACCGUGAUACGAAUGAAAAUAAAUAAAACAGUUUAAUCCCGUUGGAAUAUCAAAUAAAGAAGUGAAGUGUUGAAUUUCGGAAAACAGGGAAGCGCAAAUCGGAAUCAAAAUUUACAACAUCGCUCGGCUAGCCGAUCUCGAAGCGGCCACAUCCGGCAAUCGCCGUCCCCAGCACCCAAUACAGCAUCCAAUGGGCAUAUCGGAUGAGGCCAAGCUGCUGGUAGUCGGACCGGACGAUCUGCCCCAUGAGGCCCGCUCAGCCCUGGGCAGUCCGUUGUUGGAUCAGCGGGGUGGCAUUAGCGUUAUUUCGUCCGGGGGUUCUUCGAGUUCGCCGGGAUACGGGGGCAGGAGCCAUCUGAUGAGCAGUCCGGCCGGGGCCAGCAGCGGCAUGGGUGGGGACCCGAAUAGUCCGCUGUCGGAUCAGCACAGCGACGAUGGCGGAGACGAGAUGAUGACACCAAAGAGGAAGCAGCGGAGGUACCGGACCACCUUCACUAGCUUCCAGCUGGAGGAGCUGGAGAAGGCGUUCUCCAGGACCCACUAUCCGGAUGUGUUCACCAGGGAAGAGCUGGCAAUGAAAAUUGGAUUAACUGAGGCUCGGAUACAGGUUUGGUUCCAGAACCGCCGGGCCAAGUGGCGUAAGCAGGAGAAAGUCGGUCCUCAGGGUCAUCCCUACAACCCGUAUCUGGCAGCCGGAGGUCAAGUUCCGUCGGCCACAGUCGUAGCGCCCUCUUUACCCCCAAAUCCCUUCACUCACCUGGGUUUCAACUUGCGCAAACCGUUCGACGCAGCCAGCCUGGCGGCAUUCCGCUAUCCAACACUCGGGGCUAGCCACAUGAUUCCUUCGGCGUACUUCAAUCAGUUCCACAGAACUCCUCCCCCUCCCCUAUUACCACCGGGAGUGAGUGCCCUCUACACGCCCUCGGCCUCGUUCCAGACGCUUCUGGCCAACAUAUCGGCAGCGCAGCGAACUCCCCAGGUGCUGCAAUCGAAACCAUCCCCACCGGGUGCCGUCAGCAGUUCCGAUUACCUCAGCGGCGCCGUGGGACCACCCCCGCCUCAGGUGUCCUCGCUUCCAUCGCCAGCGUCGCCUCCGGUGUCACCCACCUCAGCAGUGUCCGUGCCAGUAGUUCCUUCGUCAGCGGUUGUUCCUCAACCGGGUUCAACGACCCCGCCCCAGGACCGGAGAAGUUCCUCGAUCGCCGCCCUUCGGCUCAAAGCCCGGGAGCACGAGCUGCGCCUGGAGAUGCUCCGACAAAACGGACACAGUGAUAUCAUUAGCUAAGGAUUUGCCGAUCUUACCAUCCCUUUCCUUCCUUUUUCAUCCUUUUUCCCAAAAGUCGUAAACACGUUUCCUUAAAACUACCUUCCACAAAUAAUAAUCGCUUUCACAUACCGUACUAAAAUCCCAACAGAACCGAAACAAAACGUCCUCGGAUUUUCAAACAAAUCCAGGAGACAGAUAUCACUAGCAAGUUUAUCCGUGCUCAGUGCAUUUACUUAUAGUGCACAAAUUACCUAGCCUUAAGAUAUAGUGCCUUUUGAAAUGGUUGCUUCAAGGUCCUGGCGAUGACGCUCAACAAACUCAGUAACUUAGCACAGAAAAAGCCUCUUGGUGUCCUUGCCUAUGAUUGAUUUGCUAUCGUUGUGUUGUGAGAUGAUGCUUUUUUUUUUAUUUUUUAAAAAUUCGUUGGGAGAUCAAAACAAAAAAGUUUUGCUUUUCUUUAUAAAAAAGGUUCAAAUUUUUUUCAAUCGAAACUAUGAAAUUUCUUAAAAUUGUUCGUUGGACAGAUAUUAUGGUAUGAUAUUAUUUGUAAAAUUUUAUAAUUUUGUUUCGAAAAAUUCAUAUUUUUGAGUGUUUGAUCUAAAGCCCAUUGACAGUUUUCCAUAAUUUUACAAAAUAAUUCUUAUUUUUUGUUGAAAAAGACUGAUUGAAGGUAGAUUUUUACUUGAAUGCAGGCGUGCUUUACAAAGAGAUUCAACUGCCCAAUUCCCUUGAGUGAACUUCAUGUACUAAUUAAUGAACUUGAAAGUUACAAAAUUGAUUAAUAUGUACGUUCCAUGUAACUUAUUUUGCUCAAUUUCCAUGAGUGAACUAUAUGUUUUGAUUGAAGAACUUAAAAGUUGCAAAAGUGAUUUAUAUGUACGUUGUAAGGGAUUUAAGUCACAUAAAGGGCAGAAAAGUGCUCAAAAAAGGGACUUAUUUUGCCCAAUUCCCAUGAGUGACCUACAUGUACUCAUUAAUGAUCUUGAAAGUUGCAAAAUUGAUUUAUAUGUACGUUGUAUGGGACUUAAGUCACAGAAAAAGCACAAAAGUGCUCAAAACGAGAUAUACUAAGUCAUAAAAAGUGCAUUGACGUGCUUUCAAAAUCACAUCACCACCACAAGUUUUAGUUCCAGUUAGAUCAACAUCUAAGCGUGGUCUUAUAUGAUAGCGUGUUCGAUUCUCACCACGAAGGCCGGGGCUCGAUUCUCAAGACGGGCAAGUUUUUUUUCAAUGAGUAAUUUGAAACUUGAGUGAAUAUUCUGAUGCAAUAUAUGUAGGAAAUUUAGGAAAGAAACAAUUGAGCAAUUUGUCGAGUUUGGAAUAGGGCGCGUAGCAUCAUGGCGGCACCAUGUACUAAACAUAGUAAAUCAGGGGUCGGGGAACUUUUUGAAUCAUUACCCCAAAACAUUUUUAUUUAAGUUGAUAUUACCCCAUGACGUAGAGCAAAAAAAAACGUAUCCGUAAACACUAAGCUAGCUCUCUGAAUGCCUCAGGGGGAAAAUGAAAAUAUACACUUUUCACUCACAAAAUAUUCACUGUUACCCUUAAGAAUUUCACUUUUACCCCAUUUGGGGUAAUUUACCCCGGUUUUCCGACCGCUGUAGUAAAUAAUCAAGAAAAGGUGAUAGGAACCGACGACAAGUGCGCAAUUGAGAUAGAGAAAGAAGUUUUUGUUUAUUUUAUUUACGAUUUUUUGAGCGGAAGCGGAACUUAAAGGCUGCUGGAAGCUGAAUAGAAAAUUAUUAAGACUUGUUUUGAAACUUGAAUGUAUUAACAAGAACUUAAAUUUUUAGAUUCUUAUUACGUACUUUAUAUCAAUUGUGGAGGUAAGUAAGUUUUUUGUACCUGUUUUAUGGGACUUUUUGUCAGUGCUAAAAAAAAGUCAAAUUCAUUUAUCACAAAACAACAUGAAUGAGACAAAAAUGCUUUCUUCCCCACCUAUUUAGACAGACAGCGAAAAAAUAUCAGAUUGGCCUAGACUCACUCCAUGAUGAUUGUGAAUAUUUUUGUUUUAUUCCUUCAUUCGCUAGACAGUCAGUCAUUUCACAAAGUCGUGACAGUAUGAGAAAAUGUGCAUGGAUUUUAAAUGCCUAUUUUUGUCAAAGUUAAUUCUUAAAUAGAUCAAGGAUUGAGAAUACAACACCAACACUAGAAAAUUCUGAAAAAAAAAAUUUCAACUUAAAUUAAAAGCUAUUAAAUGUUCUAGAAUGUCAGUAUCUCACGACAUGCUCCCAGAUGACUUCUGAAUAAUCCCAUCAGAAAAGCAAAAUAUUAACAACUCCAUGUAUUUCUGAGUCCGAAGUCUGUUUUUUCUGCCUGGUUGCAACUUUUGUUCAUAAUAGGAAUAUAAACGUUCAAACAAAUUUAUUUUAGCCAAUGCUUCCAACAACAGCUAACUAACUGACUUCACUGACUUCAGCAUUUUAAUGACUUAAAUUUUUUGUAGGAUCACGGUCACGCAUUUGAAAAUGAAGUGACUUUUGAUCGACUAUCAGUCAGAGAUUACUUUGUGAAUGAUCAGAGGAAAUCAGGUUCAAAGUAAAAUGUAUACUGUGAUUGAAAAACUAUUUCACAUUCAUGCAAGCAUGUCAACAGUUUAGAACACUGCUUUUGGUUGCUUGGGUAUAAGCAUUAAAAAAAGUUUUCUAAAAACAACCGAUAGAGCUUCCCAUUACAGUGAAUGUCUUAAAAUGUGAUGUAGAUCUUUAUAUUGCAUUGAAAACAGCCCAAAUUGUUCAAAUUAAAUAUUUUGUCAAAAUUUUUCUAGAAAACUAUUAAAACUAGUUCUUCCCGUUUUCUGAAAUCAUUGUCUCGAAUGAUCUGCUUCUUUUAAUUCAUAAGUCCCGAAUAAAAUAUUGCGAAAAAAAUUUUAGAUGUGGGUUGAUUUUUUUUUCUUUUUAAUGAUAGAAUUCUGGUUAAUUCAAACGUAUCAAAUUUUUAUACCAUGCCUCGUUGCGAAUAUAACUUGAUAAAAUUAAUGCGGAAUAAAAGUGGUUAAACUUUUCUCACAGCGAUAAUUUUUUACCCCAAAUUUGGCAUGUACUAAAUGUACUUGUUAUUGCUUUUAGGUUAACGUUUUUAAGAUUUUGAAAACACAAUCAAGUAAAUUUCGAGCAUAGCAUAGAGCAAUUCAAAACUAUUCGGCAUAUACCAAAAAAAGUUUUUUUUUAUCGUUUUUAUUGAAUUCGGUCUUUAUUCGAUCAAAAUUAUACAAAAUUUUGAUCGCAGAGAUACAGUACCGUUCAUAAUUGUAUAGAACUUGGAAGCACGCGCACUGUCACUUCGACUUUGAACUUCCAUAACUUUUUACUCUGAUGAUAUUUUUUAAUCAAAUUUUCUGCGUUAACUAUCACACUAAUAUAUCACAAAAUUUGAGCAUUCUGGAGUUUGUGUGGCCUGAGAAACAGUAAUUCUACGAAAAUCGGACUUUUUGGACUUUUCUCAUUCAAACUGCAAUAUCUCAGAAACUACGCAAUAUUUUUUAUUGAAAUUUUGCAGAGUGGUUGUUGAAAUAUAAAGCUAGCAUGUCUGAAGUUUUUGAAAAGUUCUAUCGAUGUGAUCAAAAGUUACGCGAGGUACAAUAAUUUAGGUAUGAACCUAGAAAUGCGAUUUCUAUAGAACUUUGGACGAUUCAUGAGAACAAUAUCUUUUCCAUCCACACACCAGUCAAAAAAUGUCUGGCAAAAGCAAUGAAGAAAACAAAAAAUGGAAUAAACGAUGUAUUUGUGUUUUGAAAUCAGAAUCUCGCGAGAUUGUUUUGAUUUUUUGGUUGAAAUAGAUUUACUGGUGGUUAAACAUAAAACAGGAUUUUUCUAUGAAAACAAUCGUCCAAAAUUCUAUAAAAAUCGCAUUUUUAGGUUUAUGCCUGAAAUAUUGAACCUCGCGUAACUUUCGAUUCCAUCGAUAGAACUUUUCAAAAACUACUUACAUGCUAGCUAUAUAUUUCAACAAUCACUCUGCAAAAUUUCCAUAAGAAAAUAUAGCGUAGUUUCUGAGAUAUUACAGUUUGAAUGAGAAAAGUCCAAAAAGUACGAUUUUCGUAGAAUUACUGUUUCUCAGGCCACGCAAACUCCAGAAUGCUCAAAUUUUGUGAUAUAAUAGUGUGAUAGUUGAUGUAUCUAACGCAGAAAAUUUGAUCAAAAAAUAUCAUCAGAGUAAAAAGUUAUGGAAGCUCAAAGUCGAAGUGACAGUGCGCGUGCUUCCAAGUUCUAUACAAUUAUGAACGGUACUGUAUAUGUAUGAUUAAAAUAAUUGGUAGGCGUUUUAACUUUUUUUUUUAGAAAAUUCAACACAAAAUGCAGUUUACUGUUGACGACUUAUUUUGGAUUAAGUUUAAUCGUUUAGUUCAGGAAAACAGUUUUAUCCUGCAAUUUUAGAAUUUUCAUACAAAAUGUAUGUUUUUUUAUACCUCCAAAAAUAUUAGUCUUCUUGUGUUCUAAUAUUUUCAUUGUAUUUUCAGCGCAAAACUUGCAAAGCAAAUUUUAUAACGUCUGUGUGAGUUUUUCCAGCUUUUUGGCUGUCAAAUGAUUUAAAUUAAAAAAAAACGGUCGAACAUAUUUCAUUCGGAAAAAUUCAACAAUAAUAUUAUUCUACCUAGAAACUUAAUAAAAAAUGAAGGCGUUUUAAAAUUUGUUGGUCUCAAACAUAUUUUAUAACUCUAGCUGAGGCUUGCCAGUUUUUUUUUUCAUGAACGCAUCCGGGCCGGCCAAAUUUAUGUAAAAACCUGGACAAUAUUAGCAUUUUUUUCAAAAUGUUCGUAUCAAAAUCCGGGAAAUAUCCAAAUAAAUUUGGGCAAAAUCAAAGAUUAAUUCAAUAAAGUCCACGCGCUUGAAACAUUUUUUUUAUUUCGAAACAGGUCAGAAGAUUUUAAAUCCUUCUUGAGACUUCAAAAAAUAUAUUUCUUAUUUUGAAAAAAAAAACUUGCUUAAAUAAUUUCGUUUUUGGGCACAAAAUCAUAAAUGAACUGAUUGAACUGACGAAUUUCUUUCCAACUUUUGAUUUGUUUGGCUGGAUUUGUCCAAAUAUAUCUGUAAAAGUUCACUUUUCCUUCGAUAAUAAAUCUUUUGAGAAAAAAGUUAUAAAAUAUGAUAUUUACUUUGGAUAAACAUUAAGUUUUAAUGAGUGUUUUGGAAAUGUUAUCUUAAAUUGAAGGUUUUUUUUUACACUUAUUCUUCGUAGGCUCCAAUCAAUUUUUUAUGUUCAAAUGUUAUCUUUAUUUUGACAGCUUUUCAUUUCAAAUUGAAACAUAUUUUAUUUUGGGGAAAAAAUCAUCGACAGGAAUGUCUUAAAUUUCUAUGAAACAAAGGCUCAACAUCGUUUUUCUUUAUCCAAAACCCGGAAAAUUUGACCUUUGUUUUGAAAUUUGUAAACUCUAGCAGAGAUUCUGUGACGAACAUUGGCUUAAUAAUCUGUGAAGUUAAAACAAUUUUUUUGUUUUUCAAACUUUGCUAGUAUUCGCUUUGUUCCACGGACCUCAAAUUUCAGUGAUCUGGUAAGGAAAUUUUUUUUUUGAAGUUCUCUGUUGAAAAAUGAAUUCGGGAUGAAAUUGACGAAAUUUCAAUUUAAAAAAUUGCUUAAGAGCCAAAUAAAACACAUGAGACCCAAUUUCUGUCUAUUCGUUAGAAACUUGCUACAAAUUAUAUAUGUAUGUAUGUUAUUUUCAAGGGACAAAAUUACUUCAAAACUUUCACAAUCUCCUCACAUAAAACUUUUCCACUAAAUUCAAUGUGAAAACACUCCGUUUCUGCAGCUACCGGUUUGUAAUUCUUUUUUAUGAAAGAAUAAUUAUUACCCUCUAAGUUUUUUUAAAUUCCGGUGGACUUUACUUUUACUUUAAGCCAUUUUUAGUAAAAACCCGACUGUUUUACGUACUGCAAUUAAUAAUUUUGUAAAAUUUUCGCGGACAGAAAGAAAAAUGCGUGCAAUUAGCAAAAGUCAUCGCCUACUUCCAACCAAGGUUAUUAGAUCACAAGGUUCUCUGACUUUGACAGUAAAUAGGCGAGGAGAGCGCGGUGAGGCUUUGUGAGUUUGUUUGUAAACAUCGGAAAAUUUGUUCGCGUGAGGGCUUUGUUGGCAAACAAACUCCACGAACUCCAUAGUAGCCAAAUCAAAAUGGUGGAAUCGGGAGGUUCUCAUAUUGUCAAAUCGAGCGUCCGUCUGCGUCGCGUUGACAUUUCAUUUUGCACUGUACUAAAACGCAAAUCUUGUUCUAAACAGCAGCGUCGACGUUUUUGUUUUGAAAAAACAGCAGGGUUUUAAAUAUUACUUUUUAGAGGCACAAAAAAUUAACUAACAAAAUCGGAGCUGGCGAUUUUGUUUUUGUCAAUUAAAGUUAAAUUCAAAUGCAUGUUUUCACGGUUACCGUGGGUUGUUGUUUUAGUUAAUUUAUUCAAAAUGAUAAAAUUUGGUACAGGUAAGCAAAACAGUUCACAAUGUCUAGAUUAUAGUUAAUUUGGAACCACUAAACUUACUUGCUGAUUUCUUUGAGGGGAAUAUACUAAUCCGAAUGGCCUAAGGAGAUCGAUAAAAUACCGAUAUGUCACUGUUUCUGGAAAUAUAGAUUUCGCCUUGUGAUGUGAACUGAUGCUGAAUUUUGCAUGCUCUAUGUUCGAUAAAAUUUGCUAGAUCAGAUAUUUAAAAUCUACAUAAUCAGAAAAGCAGCGCUCUAAGGAUUUCGGAUUUUUUCAAAAAUAAGAUGGAGAUUUUUCGGCUCAUUAGCCAAAACAUCCAGUUGAGUCUGUUGAUAAUUUCUAUUCAAGAGUGUGCGUACUUUAUGAUUUAAUACAAAAAAAUAUCUAGAUAUUUCUCGCGUGAGCUUUCAUAACGUCGUAUGAAACAAAAUGGAAACAAACAGUUUUAUUAUGAAAAAGUUCAAAAACUUAUAUAAACUAGUCGUAACUUCUUUCCAUUUAAAAUAUUUGUUGCCUGGACAACAUGUUCUUUAUGCGAAAUACAAAUUUAUACGUUGUUUUGAUAACUUUAGCAGAAGUUCUCUGUGAAUUUAUAAGAUGUUUCAUACGACGUAGUGAAAGCUCACGCGAAAUUUGUUCAUUAAAAACAGCAGCGUUUCAUAAAUGUCUCAUGUUUUAUAAUCCUUGUUGCAGGUUUGUUCGUUGGUAUUAUGGCUGGUUUUAUGUUACCACUGAUUUGCACAAAUACAAUUUACCAACAGAAUCAAAAUUUUCGAUAAAAUCGUAGAAUCUUUAAUUUCGUUGUUCAAGUUCAUUUGAUUCGAAAGGUUGGCCUUUUUUCGAAGAAUUAUCCUUUGAAAUGUUUCAAGAAAAAGGCGAUAGAUUUUACUUUUACUUCCACCACGAAGCUUCAAUUAUCAGUUGUUUAUUUACACUUUUAUAAUAAAAGGCAAUAACUCAUGGCUACCAUGGGUUAUUCGUUGCAUUUUAUUAUUGGAGGAAGUGUCGACUCUAGAUGGCAGUGUAGUCACUUUUGCGAAAAUUGAACCAAAUUUCCAAUGGAGAGUCAUGUCUGUAUAUGUGCUAUGUGCUAAACGAUAGCGGAACUUUUUAAUUCCCCUAGCUUACUAAAAUUUAUUGAGAAAUUGAUUCGCUAACUAAAAGUAUGCGUACUUUUGAGCAAUCAGCGUAUUAAUUACUUGGUUUAAAAUCCUUGAGAAAAAAGGAAAAAAAUACUCUUUUAACAGACACUGUUCAACAUAAAAAAUCGUGAUAAAAAACACAAAAUAUUGCCGUCUUAGUAGGGACACUUUUGUUUUUGCUUCACAAGAUGACAUUUUUGUCCAAGAAACUGUUCAAAGAUAUUUUUCUAUUUUUAUCGAUUAGACAUCAAAAGAACUUUCGACCAUUUUUCUUCGUCAAACAUUUUGAUCCUUCAUAGGUCAGUUUUUAUUAGAAACUAGCUGACCCGGUAAACUUCGUUUUACCUUUUUAUGUAAUCGUAAUGAAUGUUUGAUUUCAUCUACACUUCACUUAACUUCAUCGUGCUCGCGAAUCGAUUCUUAUGGAAAUCGUAACAAAUAAAGUUGAAUUUGUAUUGGGACCACCUUCCAUAAAAAGUGAGAUUCUUGAAACUAUUAUACAAACAAUCUUUGACCCAAAAAAUCCUCGGAUACCAAAUUUCACUUCAUUCCGACCGACCAUUCAUACGUGAUGUUGUUACAAAGAAAACGCCUCCAUUUUUAUAUAUAAGAAGAGAUGUGAAGAGAUAAUUUUGUAUGGGGACCUCCCUUUCAUAAAAAGUGAGAUUCUUGAAACUAUUAUACAAACCAUCUCUGACCCAAAAAACUCUCGGAUACCAAAUUUCACUUCAUUCCGACCGUCCAUUCAUACGUGAUGUUAUCACAAAGAAAAUGCCUCCAUUUUUAUAUAUAAGAUUUUCCUCGAGAGUUUACCGUCGGCUGUCAGCACAACAAAACUGUCAUUGACAACCGGUAAAUUCAUUAUGAUUUGCUGACCAACUACCACUACGAAAGCAACUAAAUGUUGGAGCUUAAACUGCAUUACAAAAACCCAUUAAAGCUAAAACGAGACAGCACCACCUAGUAAAUAUGCAACUAAGCACCAGUAGUGCUGCGUGGUUGGUUGCGUGCAAAGAAAAUUUACUUUGCACAUAUCGUCGUGCACCUACCGCCCCCUGUUUAUUCCUUUUUUUAUUUUAUUUUUUGCAAAACGAACCAUUUCUAUAUGUGAGUGUAUGCGUUUCGUCAUUGACCAGAUUCCCGGGAAAAUUGAGUUUGUCGUGUUCCUGCAACCAAAUGGUUCGAGUCGGGUUGAUCCUCCCUAUCGUUUCGUUUUUUGCUCGAAGUUUUGAUAUGUGCUGGAACAAAAAAAACAUGAAGAACGUCAGCGUCACACGCGAGGAUUAUCACGCGUUGACAUGUUUGCUACCUACCCAGUCUUUUCGAACGACUCAUGUGAGCUCCUGAGAUGGAUUUUAAAUUAUCGACUCCGCCAAACAGUUUGUGCAAUGAUUUUCUGGCCAGCUUUGUUCAAAAACUUUACUUUCAUCAAAUAGUAAACAAACACUGAAUGAAAUCUUCUUCUAGCUUUCACCGGUUAAAAUACUGUGAUGCGAUUUCACAUGUGUUUAAACAUUUUCUUCCAAAAAUUAAUUCCUGAUAAAGGUCAUUCCAUCGUUUUUGGGUCAUUAGUGCGGAAAGUGGAUGUCCGUUCAUCCUUUCGAUCUCUUCCGCGAAGAUCCGAAAAUGCCUUUCGGGCAAACGGCUUCUGGUGUUGUUCGGCACUCUGCAUCCAAUUUCCCGGACGACUCGAACUGGUAAUUUUCAUUUCAUUCUGCUGAUUUCCGUUCCAGUUUGCCACCUCCGACCGAACCUCCCACACCGACAAACGAUCUUCGCUCAGUCGGGCCCCGAGUCGUGGCAGCCGAUCAUCGUUUGUCGGCCUCCGAACACAUAACGCAGUGCCGUCGGCAAAACGGUGGGCCCUCAAAUGUCAGCUUUUCAGCAUAUUAGCAGGAAAGAACACAUUAACUUUGAAACAGUGUGUUGUACAUUCUCAAUGGGACGCAUCACACAACAACAAGUCGAUCUGUACACUCAAAAAAUUCGACACAUUAGGGCUAUGUGUCAGCCUAUAUAGAUUUUUGCAAUUUGUCCGUCAAUUGAAAAAUAUGUGUCCCACACAUAGCAAAAAAACAUAGAAUGUUAUUUGUGGUGACACAUAAAAGGCUAAUGUGUAGCAAAUGUUGUUUAUUAAUCUUCACAUUUCGUGACUAUAUGUAAGGCAUAUUAGUUUAAUUAACCUUUUUUCUGUUUAUUCCUUCCAAAUUUUUCUUUUAAUUUAUCAAUUUAAUGAAAAACCAUAAAUAAUCAUAGUAAAAUAUUACGACAAUAGUUUUAUUGAAUAAUGUAAUUUUUUUUUAUAUUUUUAAAUCACAAUUAAUGCAAAUGUUUUUCGAACACUAUUUCAAUAAGUAAAAAUAUCACUGAAACGCGAAAUCACAUGAACAUAUAAAUCCAAAUUUUGAAGAUGCUGCAAAUAACAUGCAUAAAAAAACUGAUUCCAGCUAUCUGUUUCACAAAGAGUGCAUUGACACACUUUCUCAUCAUGAGGAAUCGAGCUGCUAAAUUUUCUCCUGAUGUUAUGAUGUUCCGGAACUUGCGAUGCAAUGCUAAAAACUUGAAAGAGCCAGGAACCGCUCGUUGCUAUAACCAGCUGGAUUUUUUUUUCCUAAAAAAUUGAGACAAAGAUUGAAUAUAAUAUUUGAAACAAAAUUAACAUUAUAGCACUUGUACCUGUUUCACUAUUUGCAUCGUUUGAAAGUUGCUACAUUUUGGUGAUCUGUUUCCGUCCACUUGAAAUUAACCGAAUACCGAACAGGAAAAAACGGCUGUAACUUCCUUCGAAGGGGUGAGUUUCUACAGGUAACAAUCAGGUUCGAGCAUUCUGAGUUCGAUAAAUUGACGAUACAUUCUUUUAUCGCUCCGUAUCUUGAAGAAAAACGCGGAAAAAUUGUUGUUGCUUCGAUUUGGCGUUCACGCCAUUUUGAAAUCAGAACGAAAAAUAUCAUCGAAAAGCAGGGAGGUGGCAAUCUAGUUCUUCUUUCGAACAAGAAUCUUUUUUUUUUUUUAUCCAUCGGAAGAGACGUUUAUGGUGUUUUCCUCUCAAAGCAGUACGAAGCCUCAAAAGUCAAAAUUUCAACCAAUGAGGAAUCAGAAUGAUUGAUGUGUUAGUGUGCUAUCAACCAUACUUCUCUAGCAUUUGACAUUUAGUUCGGGUCCUUGACAGCAAAAUGUCAGGUUUGUUAUGGGCCCACAAAAUCGUGGGCCCGUAAUUUUGAUGGUUGUCAAAUUCAAUGACAAAGGAUAGGGAUGCCAUCUCCCUGUCGAAAAGAUGUUCGAUGACUUUUGGGCUGAUUUCACACGCUCAUUUUAAAAUAGUCAGCCCAAUGUAUUAUUUUCAUAUAAAAUGUAUGUGUAAAGAAAAUGAUUAGUAUUUUGCUCUAAUAAAAUCGAUGUGUUGAACAAUUUCUGAAGCUUAUGUGUGAAGAAACAUACAUUUUAAAUGUCGAUUUUUUGCAGUGUAGGUAUAAAUAAAUAAAACUCGAGCUCUGGCGACUGUCGGCGAUUUGGAUUCGAGUCUUCUUCGGGUCGGGUCCUAAGAAAGGGAAGAUCCCGUGAAGCCGAAACCGCUUAUUAAAACCUACUGGUCGGAUUUAUUUCGCCUAUCAGCCAGCACGAAGAUACACGACAGCUGACCAGCAUUAAAGCCGGCACUGAAACGGCGACGGCGGCGAAAGCCCGACGGCAAAUUUUGAUUGGUGUGCCCGGUGCAAACUGUUAGGCGACGAUGACACGGAACAGUGUUGAUAUGACUUUUUUUCAUAUGCUUUUAUGAUUUUUGAAACACCUCUUUUACGAUAGAAAUUUUGAAAAAUAUUGCUUAUUUUGAUAUAACCAAAUGUCGAUCGCCAAAUUGACACUAAAAAAUAUGUAAACUCAAAUUAUUGUUCGUCACCAUCACGAUUCACUCAACAACGCAACGAUAGCAAAGGGUUCUUUGGAGUGAACUCACACGUACGAAAAUUGUUAAAACUUUCUUCACAACUCAAAAUUGUAGGUUGUAAAAAAGAGGCAUCCCUAAAAACUGUAAAUAAAACAAAUCUGCUAAGCACAAACAACUACAAGAAGUAAAGUCUAGCAAUUAUUUAUGCUAUCCUUAGGUUGGAUAAAAAACUAUUAUAAGUAAAUAAAAACUAUACAAAACAGGUUCGUCCCAAGAAGAAUUGAAUGAUAUUAUCGUAAAUUUAUUAUUGGAUUCGUUGAUUUUCCUCGUUUUUAGAAGUAAGUUCAAAAUACGGAAAAACAAGCAAAAAAUAUCAUCUUCUGGCAAUAAUUUAAUUAAAUUUAAUAACAAAUUGAAGCACAAAAAUUUAGAUAUGUAUAAAAAUAAAAAAACAUGCUACAAACAAAAGUAUACAAACAAACAAACAAACACUAUCGCGUGUGUACUACUGUAGGCUCUAAGGCAUUAUGUAGGUUUAAUUUAUUGUAUUAACUCUUAAGUUCUUGUAGCUACGACUAGUUAAAAACGUGUACAAAAUGUAUUGUUUGAUAGAACUUAUCGGAGAACAAAAAUGGAACCAUUUUCAAAUCAAAACUAUUAUUAUCUAUUGUGUUAGAACAACAAGCAAUCGAUGAAAGACCCUAAUAAAGACAAACCAAAAGUAUGCAUUGAUAGAAA